GGAGCAGGAAGGGAUGGAGGCAGGGCGGGCGGCGGGAGCGGCCGCUGCCUGAGCGCUUCCUGCCCGAGCCGGGCGGAUCCCACAAAGGGCUCGGCGGUGUGGCCUCCCCGCCGGCAGCCCCCGCCAUGGCCAGCGCCAGCUCCAUCGAUGCCGUCAAGAAGAAGAUCCAAAGCCUGCAGCAGGUGGCCGACGAGGCGGAGGAGCGCGCCGAGCACCUGCAGCGGGAGGCCGAUGCCGAGCGGCAGGCCCGGGAGCGGGCUGAGGCUGAAGUGGCUUCCCUCAACCGCCGUAUCCAGCUGGUAGAGGAGGAGCUGGACCGUGCCCAGGAGCGUUUGGCCACUGCCCUGCAGAAGCUGGAGGAAGCUGAGAAGGCAGCUGAUGAGAGCGAGAGAGGCAUGAAGGUCAUCGAAAACAGGGCCAUGAAAGAUGAAGAGAAGAUGGAACUCCAGGAAAUGCAGCUGAAGGAGGCGAAGCACAUUGCAGAGGAGGCUGACCGCAAAUAUGAGGAGGUUGCCCGCAAGCUGGUCGUUCUUGAGGGAGAGCUGGAGCGCUCAGAGGAGAGGGCAGAGGUGGCAGAGAGUAAAUGUGGUGACCUAGAGGAGGAGCUGAAAAUUGUCACCAACAACUUGAAGUCCCUGGAGGCCCAGGCUGACAAGUAUUCCACCAAGGAGGAUAAGUAUGAGGAGGAAAUCAAGCUUCUGGGGGAAAAGCUGAAGGAGGCUGAGACCCGGGCGGAGUUUGCCGAGAGGUCUGUGGCGAAGCUGGAGAAAACCAUUGAUGACCUAGAAGAGCGCUCUCAGCAGGAGGCCGAAAAAAACCGUGUUCUCACUAAUGAGCUGCGGGUCAUCCUUACUGAACUUAACAACUGAGCUGCCCAGAGCUCCUGGCCCCAGCCCAGCCUCCCUGCCUCAUUUUGGCCAGGCUGGCUCGAGGAUGGGAGCCCCUCCCCGCUGGGGUGAGGCAGGGUGUGCAGCUUUGCCUUGUCCUCAUAGGGGUAAUUACCCUGAUUGGGCAGGACAGGGUACCCCUCUGGAGUUGAUCAGUUUUUGUGGGAGAGAUAUGAAGGGUUUUGGGAUGUCCUGGGAUGCCCAUGUAGUGAUGGCUGUCCUCUGGCAUCAUCCUGGCUCUGCUGGGGAGGAAUGCAGUGGUUUGUAUUGCUGCCUUCCUCCCCUUGUUCUGGGAGUCACUGGGCAGCCUCUUCCUCCUCACUCUGGUCACCCCAAGUCGUGCAGGAUGGAUCCCCUUAGAAAGAGGUCCUUGGGGGGUGCUGGGAAGGCUGGGAAAAGAGCUGAGGAUCCAGCAGCACCUGCUGCCCCAAACUUGGGACAGGGAAGAGGCUAGCAGGGCACACUGGGAGAUGGGGCUGAGUGGACAGCAGUCUUGUUCCAUCCCCAUCUCUGGGGGAAGCAGGAUGCCAUUUGGAAACUAGCACCAGAGGGAGGCUGCCUGGCAGAGCUUAUCCUUGUAACCUUGUUAGCUCUGCUCCUUAUCUCUCUGUUGUCCUCUGCCCACUCUCCUGGGCUGUUAAUGGGCUGCUUUCUCACUUCUUUUCUUCACGGAGCACUGCUGGGUCAUGCAGCAGGCAUUGGUUCUCCACUUCUGCUGGCCAAGGGUUUGUGCACGUGCCUACAGCUGGCCAGUGGUGAUGCCCCAGUGUCUGGCCAAAUAAUGGUAGUCGCCAGCGGCACCUGUGCUGCAGAGUGCUCAGCCAUGGGCAACAGGGCAACCUGGGAAGAUGGAAAUGCUGAAGAGUGGUAACUGCCUGUCCCAGUGACUAGCCUGACUGGCCUGGCUACCCUGGCAGAUCCCAGAGUGGCUGGACUCAUCCCUGCCAGAAAUGGGGCUACCUGUGUGGACUAUGCUCCACAGGGGAUGCCCCAUUUGACUGGAGGCCAUUGCUGUACUGAAAUGUCUGUGUGUGUGUGUGUGUGUGUGUGUGUGUGUUUGGUGUGGUGUGUGUGGGUCCUGCUGCACCUGGGAACAUUUGGGUUGUGUCUGUGUGCGUGGCUGGGUGUCCCUUGCAUUCACAGAGAGCCUGGCCAGUGCCAAAGAGGAGAACGUGGGGAUACACCAGGUCCUGGACCAGACCUUACUGGAGCUGAACAACCUCUGAGCUGCCCUUGCAAGCCCGUAUCCCAUUUCCCUACCCAACACAUACACCCCACUGGCAUGUUCAGGAUGCGGUCAUCAGCUGAACUGCAUCUUGGACAAAUCCACACCUCCAUUGAGAAGGGAAGCUCAGCAGCCUUGCACUGUUGCUCAAGGGGAUCUUGUUUGUGCACAGCCUAACCGGCUCUGUCCUGUCUUUAUGUCCAAAUAUUAAAGCAGUUUGACAAGA